AUGAGCUGUGGAAAUGAUUUUGUGGAAACACUUAAGAAAAUUGGAUAUCCAAAAGCUGAUGAGCUUGAUGGAGAAGAUUUUGACUGGAUGUUUGAGUCUUCGGAAGAGAAGUCAUUUCUGGAGUGGUUUUGUGGAAAUGUGAGUGAGCAGCACGUGGUGUCUGAAAAAGAACUGCAAGAUUUUGAUAAUCUUCUUGAGUCUGGUAAACCCAUUUUGGAAGGAAAUGCAUUGGAUGAAGUCCUUAAAACUUUGAAGCCCGUGGGUUCAAAGAACAGUAGCCAAGAGGAGGAGGAAGAAGAGGAGGAACUGAAGAAAUUAGAGGAUGAGCUUCAAACUCUUAAGGAGUUAAAAAAACUUCAAAUUCAUCGGCAAAACAAGCUUCAAAUGAUGGUUGCUGCAAACAGCGGCGUGUUACAAACAUUUAAAAGCAAAGAGGAAGAAGCACAUAAAUAUUUGAAAGAAGGACUGGAAAUGUUUACUGCAGCAAAUAAUAAGCUUAAUAGUGAACUUGUGUCUCUUACAGAUGCAGCUAAGAAACUGUCCUCUUUCUUCACUGCCUCAGAUUCAGAACAAGGGUCAGGUCAGCACCCAGUGUUUUUUUCACAGCUUUCUUUGGACAAGUAUUUGUCUCAGGAAGAACAAAGCACUGCAGCACUUACCUCAUACAUUAAAAAAAACCCCCGUUUUUAUCAAGGUAUGUCUGAAUGGGUUGAAAGUUGUCAUGAAGACAGCUUUCAGCUUGGGGAUAUAAGCAAGCAAGUCACUUGCAAUGAGGCUGAGGAAGUUUGUGAAGAGACUCAAGAGAUAGCCAGGCUCCAGGCAGCAUAUAUUUCUGCUCAACAUCAGCUGAUUCAGAUGCAAGCUAAAGAGGAGGGCAUGAAAUCAGCUAUCAAAUGUGCAGAGAGCAUGCUGCAGUCCUUAGACAACAAGGAUAUUAAGAAACAAGAAGACCUCGAUGCCAAAAUAUCUAAUUUAAAUGAUGAAAUUUCAAGACUUAGACAAGAUAUAACUCAGAUAAACAAUAAAGAACUGCUUCCUCUUCUGAAAGAGAAAGCACGACUUUGGAGUGCACCAGUGGUGAAAGGGUACUUGGAUCAUCAGAUUGCUCAGCACGAAUAUUAUGCUGCAAGACAGGAUGAAAUAUGCAGGCAUUUCAUAAGACAGAAAGCAUCAUUUGAACUUAUUGAGCUAGCCUAUGAACUGGAGUUGAAGAAACAUAAGGAGAUUUGCUGUCAGGUUGAGAAUUUGGUAGAGUCUCUGAAACAGAGCAGUAAUGAGUUGCAACAAAGACUGCAGGUGAUAACUGAGCAAACUCAGAGUGCAAAGCCAAGAAACAUCAUUAGUUCAAAGGAUGGUUUCUCUUGCAGGCUAUAUCAGCUUCUGGAAGGAGAAAAUAGAAAGCAGCAGUUGUUAAAAACAUACAAAAGCCUGGAGCAGAUGGCUCAGAAGUUAAAGGAGGAUUGUGCUACAGUACAAGAUCAGCUAGCAGCAUCUUCUCAGGAACAAUCUCUCCUUUUGUCCAAGCUAAAAAGUGAUGUAGAUACCCUGCAUGAUGCCCUGUAUCGUGGAGGAAACCAGAUACAACUCCGUAACCCGGAGCUUACUGAGCAGUUUCGUCAAAUAGAAGCUGAUUUAAAGAAACUAAAUCAACUCCUUAUGGAUCUGAUUGCUGAUGUGAAGUUAAAGAGAGACUUUAUAGAGUCCAGUAAGCUGCAUCAGAUGGAAAGAAACUUGUAUGUGUAUUUUUUCAAAGAUGAAGACCACUUGAAAGAGAUGGUGGAGAAACUUGAGCAGCAGUCUGAGGCUAAAGUCAGUGAUCUGGAAGAUGAGAAUAUCACAAGUGGAGUUCUUAGUGUUUAA